AUGCUGGUAAAGAGGGCUCGCGUUCCUUUUACAUCCACACUUUUCCUGUUGCUGCGCGGCGUUAGUAUCAUGACCAUCAAACGUCGUGUUGCUAUUAUUGGUUCGGGUAACUGGGGUUCGACAAUCGGCAAAAUAGUUGGAUAUAAUGUUUUGAACUUGGAGGCGUUUGAUGAUGAGGUCAAAAUGUGGGUGUUUGAAGAAAUCGUAAACGGAAAAAGACUCACGGAGAUCAUAAACACCUCACACGAAAAUAUAAAAUAUCUUCCGGGCAUUAAACUUCCACCCAAUCUCAUUGCGGAUCCAGACCUUGCCAAUUGCACGAAGGAUGCCGACGUCCUGAUGUUCGUCGUUCCACAUCAGUUUUUAUCAAGGGCUUGCGACACAAUCGAGCCAGGAUUAGACGAAAAGGCGGGUGUCGGAGUGAGACUCCUCACCGACCUCAUCCGUGAACGAUUAAAAAUCCCCUGCGCAGUUCUUAUGGGAGCCAACUUGGCAGGUGAAGUCGCUAAAGAAAUGUUCUGCGAAGCAACUGUAGCCUCCUUGGACCUAGUACGGGGCAGGGAAUUGAAAGCUCUAUUCGAGACCCCUUAUUUCCGUGUUUCGGUGAUCAAAGACGAAGUGGGUGCCGAAUUAUGUGGAGCCCUUAAAAAUAUUGUUGCUGUUGGUGCUGGCCUCGCGCAGGGCCUCGGCUACGGUGACAAUACGAAGGCUGCAAUCAUCCGUCUGGGCUUCAUGGAGAUGAAAAAAUUCAUCUUCGAAUUCUUUGGUGAUCGGUGUGAGUUUUAUUUCCUCUGGCUCACACUUGUUUGUUAA